AUGCUCCCACGCAACCCAAUCGUCCCAGAACUAUGGGAUUCAAUCGUGGAAAAACAGAAAGACCUUCGUCUAACAGCUCUCACGCUCGACCCGUCCUCGUUUUCGUCGACUCGCGAACGCGAAGUCCGCUUCGAGCAUAAAGAUUGGGAAGCGCGGCUUCUCAACCCACUUGUCUAUACCUUGGUCGCUAUUAAGCAAGACGCUUCUAUUGCAACCGCUAUUUCGCUAGUCGAUAAAAAAGGGUUCCAUCGUCUUGCGAGUCAGUCGUGGCUCGGCAACGCGGUUCUAUACCACAAAGAAGAUAAGGACCUGGCCCAGUCCUCAAUAGAAAAUCAUAACGAUCGUGCUACCUUUUACAUAGAGGGUUUUUACGUUCUACCUCGAUACAGAUCCCUAGGCAUCGGUGCAAGCCUCAUUCAAAACUGCAAAGAUUAUGUGUUCUCAUGGGCACACGAGCAUAGCUGCAAAUACAUCAAGCUGUGUGUUCGCGUUUACACAACGAAUGAAAAAGCAAUACGACUGUAUCGAAAACAUGGUUUCAAGACCUCUUUGGGGAAGCAAACAUCCGACGUGAUUAUGAUGGACUAUGAGUCUGAGAUUCCGGAAGGAUAG